CUGUGUGCUGUGGUGUGGCGGCGGCCGACCUUGCCUUGUUUACGGCGCGCUGCCUUGGCCGCCGUCCAAGCCCGGCGCCUCCUGCCAGCAGACAACUGCCCAGUCCGGCGCCCGCGCAACGCGGAAGCAGUCAAACGCUCACUGCUGCACCACGCAUACGGAACAUCUAUCUGCACAGACUGGUGCGCGUUGAAAGAAGAGAAGGAAACUGUUUCUGAGUGGCUUCCAGAACACGGUAAAGAGAAACGCAGCAAGUGCAUUUUGCGUUCUUAUGUAAUAUUUUGCUUGGAAACAUGUCACCACAGACAAGGAAAUGUCCAUCUCGCCCGUGGCUCCGAGCUUCCGUUGCGUGAUGAAAAACAACGCUCGUGACCGCCGCCUGAAUACAUGCCGUUCUGUCGAUGUGCAGCGCGCCACACAAAUUACGCAACGUCCUGCUCCACGGAUUUUUAACGGAUAUGAUUACCGGCAGACCAGAUUAAUUACCUCCACUGCUACACACAUUAAUAAAGGUAACAACGCCACCCGACAAGAUGGCCGGCACGCAGCUGCUGAAGCGUCCAGUGCGGAGAGGGAGCUGGCCGCCUGCCGCUGCCUCCACGCUACGCUGGGGGCUCCUGACGGCCGAUGGUCUGGCAGCGUGCCGCCGCACACCGAGAAAGACAGCCGCACUGGCAAGUGCACGCGUCUCUCCCAAAUGGGGACGUGGGCGCACCGUGGCUGCAAGAAGAGCCCAUUACUCACCGCGACCAACCAGGCGCUGCAUCUGCAGCGCGACAAAUUGCUACACGUCUCCGAGUUGCUCGAACGACGGUAAAUACACAGCAGUAAAAGCAGUCACUUCGUUUUCGACGUGUGUUAAAUCUGCACAUAGGAUGUCAUCGUACAGCGUCAACAGUAUCAUAUCACCGAAGGAAAUUAUUUUUUUCUUUCUCGGUGAACGCUUAGCGUGAUUUGAUAAAUGACUCCUAUUUCGUCGGGAGCAGUUGCGAGUUUGAAAUCUACGUAAAUAUGGGAUAUAAUGAAAAGGCUCAAUGUAUAACGUUGGUAGCUAUCAACGCAUCAUUCAGCACUCCUCUGGCUUGUCACAAUUUGAUGACAUUCGCGAUUGUGUUAAAUUAUAUUUAGAUCCUGAAUGAGUAGUACUAUUGCGUCGACGCAUUUGUUCAAAAAAACAAGAUGUGCACAAUGCACAUCAUUCAUUGUCGAAUGGCAAUUGCUUCACUUUUCGAUAGUCUGGAGGGACUUAACAUCUGAGGUCAACAGACCCCUAGAACUUAGGAUUCGAACCUGCGACCGUAGCGGCCGCGCGUUUCGAGACUGAAGCGCCUAGAACCGUUGGGCCACAGCGGGCGGCUUUGGAGGACAAGCAGAGUGCUUAAUACACUAUCGCAGAAUUAUAAGGUUAAAAAGACUUUCAUUGGAACAUCAUUACAAUACCGUCACAAAGCCCAUAUGAUGCACUUCUCUUCUGACGACCGACAGUGAAUGCCGGCUGAAAUGAAGGCGGAUAUUAGGGAAUAUAAAUAUUUAAUGGUAAGAAAAGUAGAGACAAAAUCUUUUAUCGUCGAAAUCACCAAUUAUUUAAAAUCAUUAGGCGUCUUAAUGCGAGUGGAGAAUCAUUUGGUAACAGAUAUUGCAGACAAGGUUGAUAUUAUCUUCAACUGUACAGAAAAGGCGCUAAAGUUAUUUCAGUGUUUGGUUCAGCGUACGUAUGCAAACGCUUUUUUCUCUGUUUGAAAUUGAGAAUGUGUUGCCAACAUUCGGGUUUAACACGUUUUAAUCUCUGUAACACCACAUGUUUCUAUCAUGAACAGCAGUUCCAGAUACAUUACAUAUACUACAAAACAAAAACGUGCAUAAAUUUAGAACCAUCACAACCUAAUGUUUGGCGCCUGGAUGUAGACCUAGUACUUCUGUUCACAGAAUUAGCACUGUCCAGUGUAGUUA